AAGAAAACGACCGUCGAGUAAACAAACCUUAUUCUGCGAUGAAAAUGUUGCCGUAUUCAUGUCAUAGCGUGUCAUUUUAUCAACAGUUUGGCCCAAACUUGCUCUUUUGAUGUCUUCUAAAACUAAACCAAUGAGACUCAUCCUUCAAUCCAGACGUCUUUACUGUAGCAGCAGCAGCAAGGCCAAAAGCAGAUUCACUUUAUUACAGGGAAGAAGAGGAGUUCAAAUUGCUGCUCUGACUGCAGUUGCUGCUGGGAGUGGUCUUCUGUACAUUGAAUGGCUAACCUUAGAUAGGGCUGUCCAUUAUAAACCAGAUGGAGUCUUACCAGAGAGAGGCAGCGAGUACAUCUACGUCAAUGCCAUGGUUGACCAAGAUGACCUUGUCACACAAGUCAAGAGUAAAGUGCACUGGAGAAUCAAGGCUUUGGAAUAUAUUCUAAAAGACAAAGAUUCAGAGAGCGGUGAGUAUGUUCAUGUCAUGCACCUGUAA